AUGCCGAAGGAGAACAUGUGGCGGCAAAGGAGAGUGCCUGUUCCCAAGAGGACGAUCGAGCUGAUCGCUUUAAUAGCGAUAUCUAGUACACUCUUUCUUUUUCUACACACGAGAGAUCUACAUUCAUUUCUGAAAAAAAUGGAAGUACGUCUUCAACCGGGGGAGGAUGAUGUGCUCUCGGCGAAUCAGCUCUCAUCAGAAAAGCAUAUCAAAAUCAUUUUGCUUAUAAAAUACUCAAAUCAAACCAGUUAUGAUCAUCAUAAAUCGGCAUUGAUCAUCUCACGAGUAGCACGUGAAACGCGUGAAAUCUGUACUUUUAAAAGCUAUUCACCAGUCGAGAGGAAGAAGCAACCGAGUAUACACCGAGUAAAAGAUAAAGGAUGCUCUCCGGAGGCGGAAUUGACCGAGCAGUUGAGAGUAGCCACAUCAAAGGGAGGUGAAAGGAAAAACAUCGGUGAACAUGGUAUCCAAAUGGAUUCUGAUUCAAACAGUAUCGUCCAUUAUCCAAAUGUACAACGUAUUUUUGUGGAAAAGUAUGAAGAUGAAGAAGUGCUCGAUAUCGACACCCUCAACAAUACGAAGAGAGCUGAUCGGCAGGUUCUAUUCUUUAAUCGUGUGCCGAAAGUCGGUUCACAGACCUUUAUGGAGCUAUUAAGGAGGCUGUCAAUAAGGAAUGCAUUUUCGUUCAACAGGGACCGCGUACAGCGGGUUGAGACCAUACGUCUCGCGCCGAUCGAGCAGUUACAUCUCGCCAGAAUGGUCAGCAGUUAUUUGGAACCGUCUGUUUACGUGAAGCACGUCUGCUUUACUAACUUCACAGAAUUCCAUCUACCGGAGCCGAUUUAUAUCAACAUAGUACGCGAUCCUGUGGAAAGGGUCAUAUCUUGGUAUUAUUAUGUAAGAGCACCAUGGUACUAUGUGGAGAGGAAGCAGAUCUUCCCGGAUCUACCGUUGCCCGAUCCCAAUUGGCUCAAAAAGGACUUCGAGUCGUGCGUAUUGAAGGGUGAUCGAGAGUGCAGAUAUUUGCAGGGUGAGAUCCACGAGGGCAUCGGCGAUCAUCGUAGACAAACUCUCUUCUUUUGCGGACACAGUGAAAAGUGCACUCCUUUUAAUACCAUUGGUGCUUUGGAGCGAGCCAAGUUGGCGGUGGAAAAGCAUUAUGCGGUAGUUGGCGUUUUGGAAGAUAUAAAUACAACUCUUACGGUACUAGAAAACUACAUACCACGAUUUUUCCAGGGAGCUACUGAUGUUUACUAUGAUCAAACAAAUUCCUUUAUGAGGAUCAAUCGAAAUUUCUUUAAACCGCCAGUCAGCGAGGAAGUGAAGAACUUGGUACGCAGCAACUUUACUCGUGAAGUCGAAUUCUACCAAUUCUGCAAGCAGCGACUUUAUAGACAAUACAGAGCUCUCAAAUUGCGAUCGAAUGUUCCGUAGUCUGCAAUCAUAAUGUGAUCUCUAAAAAGAACAUCUUUUCUAUCUGUUAUCACAUGCG